UGCUCUGUCGGCAGUGACAUUGCUCAUUACUUGAUGGCGAGGCAUGAUGAUACACCUAUGAUUGAUAAGGAAACUCAUAGGCUUGCUGUUGUUAACAUGGACUGGGAUCACAUUAAGGCGGUGGACUUGUAUAUGGUGAUGACAUCUUGCAUCCCAAAAGGUGGACGAGUUCUAUCAGUCUCAAUAUAUCCGUCAGAAUUUGGACUGGAGUGCAUGAACAUUGAGACAACUCAAGGCCCGUCUUCUCUUCUUGGUAUUCAUGGUGAUAGUGAUGGUGAUGGUGGGGAAGAUGACAAUGAUAAUGGCAAUGACAGUGACAGUGAUGAAGAGGACGACGAAGAUCGUGAGCAUGACUCUGAAGAUGACAAUGAUAAUGACAAUGACGGUGAUGAAGACGAUGACAAUGACAGUCAUGAAGACGAUGACGAAGAAGAUGAGCAUGACUCUGAUUCUGAGAACAACAAGCUGCGUACUUAUGAGCUAAACAGACUGAGGUACUACUAUGCAGUUGUGGUGUGUGAUUCCAGUACAACUGCAAAUCACCUAUACACGACUCUUGAUGGUACCGAGUUCUUGAAAACAGCAAAUGUGUUCGAUUUGCAGUUUAUUUCGGACUCUAUGGAGUUCAAACAUCCUGCUCGCGAUGUGGCUACAGAGGCACCUCCGAAUUACAAGGAGCCUGAUUUUGAGACUCGUGCUUUGCAACAUAGCAAAGUUAAGCUCACAUGGGAUGAUGAUGAGCCAGAGCGUAAGAAGAAACUGAGGCGGAAGUUCAAUGAUGAACAGUUAGAUGACCUUGGUGUAUUUUUAGCGAGUGAUAGUGAGUCAGAUGAUGAUAUAGAUGAUUCUGGUGAUGAGCCUCGACCAAAUGGAGUAGCGAAAAGGAAGUUAACAAAUAAGGAACGGUUGGCUCUUUUACUAGAAGGAGAUAAAUCAGAUGAGGAACAAACUGAUGACCAGGACAUGGAGAUAACAUUUAACACGGAACUUGAGGACCUUAGCAAACGUAUCCUUGAGAGGAAGAGCAGCGAGAAGAAGACUGUCUGGGAGAUGCAUCAAGAAAAAAUGAAGGAAAAGCGGAAAGCUAGGAAGAGGUCGUCGAAGGAUGAUGAUGAUGAUGACGACGAUAGCAACGAAGAUGGUGCUGAUGAAGAUGAUGAUUUCUUUGAGGAUGAAAAGUCUGAUGAAGACGUUAAGCCAAUGAAGAAGCAGAAGGUGAAGGCCAAAGGUAAAGAAAAAGGGAAAGGAAAGGACAAGCUUCCAGAGGAACAUUUCGAACCAGAAGCAACUAAAGAAGAGUUGGAGCUCUUGGUUGCUGAUCAGGAUGCAGGCAAUGGUGCAAAGGGCUUUAACAUAAAACGCAAGAGUAAAAAGGGCAAGAAGGGCAAGGAUUCUGUCGAGGACAAACAUCCUCAUAUUGAUCUUAGCAAUGACAAGAGGUUUGAUCCCAUGUUCACGUCUCAUCUGUUUGCGCUGGAUCCUACUGAUCCCCAGUACAAGAGGAGUGCCGACUUCAAACGAAAGCAAGCUGGGAAGAAGGGCGUGCAUGCAGGCACAUUGGAUAGUGAACCACCUGUGGAGGAGUCAUCUCCGGGGAGUACAUUGCCACCUGAUGAUGCAUCGACUAGGAACAUCAAGCAGAAACAUGCCGGGGCGUCCACGGAGAAGCUACAAAUGUUAUCUGCUGUUAAGUCUCUCAAAAGGAACCUUACAGCGUUCAAGAAAGGAAGCAGCACGAGAUGAUCGUCUUGGCCUGAUAUAACCUUGCUGAUGAAAAUGCCUCUGAAGCCUUCAGAAUAGUUUGAAGGUUUGAUGAUAUGCCAUUUUUGGACUUUGGUAGAACUAUGAUCCAGCUGGACAAAAAAUCCCUGUUAGGCUAGAUAAAUACCGUGAAGAUUUUCUCAGUCGUUCAUGUGCAACAGGCAUGUUUGCAAGGUUUGUGUUUACCGGCUGUUACGGUAUUCAACUAUAGUGAAUGUUGGCUUUUUGCUAAAAAAGAUUAUUUAUCCUGUGGCA